UGCGUGUUGAGUCACGAUCGCAAAGGCUCUUCUUGCGCCCACAAACCAUUCCAAACCCCGCUCACUUCCACCACACCCAUUCCCGGCUUCUGCGAUAGAGCGCACCUCUAGCAUCACUUGACGUUAUCACGUCCCUCGUUUUUUUCUCUCUUGUGCUUCGCCAAAAUUCGCAGCCCGCGCAGCGAUCAAAACCCGAGUCGGUGUCCGUCGCACAAAAUUCGAGUCAUAGCGCUGCUAGUCAUCCCACCGAGCAUCGGCCCUUCGAUAACCGCACACGAAGCCAAAUAACCAUCGCUCAUCAGCAACAGAGUCUACGAUGCCCUCCGUCUCUGCGGGCCAUGCGCUCGACCUCGAAAAAUUCCUGAAAUCUCUCAAAGGACAAGCAUUGGAAGCUUCCAUCAACAGCUUGAUAUCUCUUCUGAAGCGACGACAGAUCAGAGGAUCCGAGCCCUGCGCCAUCGCUACCGCCCAUAUCCUGCUCCAAGUUGUUGCCCGCUCAAAAUGGCACGAUGUCAACAGCCUUUUGCUCAAUGUCUCAAGAACCGGCCGUAGAUUGGUCGACGCCCAGCCCAACGAGCUUGUCAUUGGCAAUAUUGUGCGCCGUGUUCUUGGCCUGAUCCGAGACGAAGCUUCCGAAGAUCGAGGCGAUGCUGGCGACGAAUCGGCCAGCGAAGCGCCCACUCCAACGGACAUUGUUCCGCCAGCCUCCAUCAGCCAGCAGUGGUCGUCAAAACGGUUCGACUCAGCCAGCAGCGCAACCGUUGCCGCACGGCCUCCGCUCGUCUCCUCCUACAGCUCCAUCAACCCGCCCAAAUCACUGUUUCAUCUGCUAUCGACCUCGCCUCCCACUGAUGGAGAUGUGUCGCCUUUCAAAACUUCGGGCGCUUCGACUCCUACCUGGCGGGGGAACGCGAGCCAGAUCCAUGCGCUGCGUUCCGAAGUGAUUGACGGAAUCGAAGAGAUCAAAGAUGAGAUCAGCCAGGUGGAUGACCAGAUUGCUGCCUCUGCUGAAGUGCAGAUCCACCCCGGAGACUUGGUACUGGUUCACCAACCAUCCACAACAGUUGAACGAUUUAUUCUCCGUGCCGCCCAGAAGCGCAAGUUUACCAUCCUCAUCGCCAUGGCGCCGCCGAGAAGACAGCACUCACCUGAGAACCAGCAUGCUGCGUUUAGAAAGAAGCUGUCGGCAGCCGGCAUCACGGUGGUGAAUGUAAUGAAUGGCGGACUUAUGGCUUACAUGUCAAGAGUCAACAAGGUCAUCAUCGGUGCGAGAGCAGUUGUUGCUACGGGAGGCGUUGUGGCCGACGCUGGCUCUGCUGCUAUUGCACGAGCUGCCAAGGAGCAGGGCGCUGCCGUUGUCGUGCUCAACGGCAUCUACAAGCUGAGCCCGGAGAGCCCCUUUGACGAGAGUUCGCUGAUUGAAUGGGGCGACUCGUCGACGUUUGUGAGCUUCUCGGACGGUCCUCUGGUGUCUGGUGCGGAGAUUCGAACCGCACUCACUGAGCUGAUUCCGCCGGAGCUUGUCGAUACUUAUAUCACAAACCUGGGCACACAUUCACGCGACCAUCUGUCGAGCCUUAUCGCAGACCACUACAAGCGAGAAGAUGCCGACUUUCACAUCUGGGAAGAGGCUCUCCCGUGAUGGCAAUGACGAUUUCACGAGGAAUGACUACAAAACAAAUAAGUAAAAGAAGCAAAAAAGACAAGGGAGCCUUCAUCACAUACAUAGUGACAAGCCAAAGGAUAGUUUAAAAGGAUAGUGUAGAAUGUUCCUGACACAAAAAAAGAGAGAAAUCAAAAUUAUCGACGGACAGCCCUC